AUGUUAACUGGCAAAAACUUUUUAAAAAAAGCCAUUGCAGAACUCAAAGUUAUUCUUAUUUUGUUCCUAAGGAUGUUUUUAUACGUCCCUCCUCUUGCAGGCAUAAGCCAUCCGGUCCUGUCGGAGUUGCACAAAUCCUGCGGCAAGGGCGGCGCCGGCACCUGUAGACUGGAGUGCUACAAGAGCGAGAUGCUCGUGGACCUCUGCCAGUUCCGGCUCGAAUGCUGCGUCACCGGCAACCCGGAGGCCCUGUAUGAGCCCCUCCGCAAAGACUGA